CGCACAGACAGGCGCUGCUAAAACACUUCUGCGCUUCUAGAAGGGCACGAGACAGACGAAAGAGCCGGCGCAGAUUUAACUACUGGGAAAUACUGAGACGCAAGAUUUGUUGUAUGAUCAAUCGCGUCUGUUGUGGAUUUUACUGAACUGAGAUCAUGAAUUAAGUGGCACGCGCUGAUUACUUCAUUUACGAGGCUUUAACCGGCUGGAAUUGCUGCAAUUUAAAGGCAUCUGUAGGAGCACUCGGUCUCUUUUGCCCUUCUGUUAUGGGAUUUUAACUUUCUACACCGCACGCGCACCUGGAGUCAGUUCGCUUGGUUUUACAUUUGCGCUCUUCCAGAAAUGGUGGGCCAUUUACAUUUGCAAGCUAUGGAUGAGAGUUUGAAAGGAAAGAACCGGGAGGGACUGUUGGAUAGUCCGGAUUCCGGACUUCCUCCGAGUCCCAGUCCGCCCUUCUACUCUCUGUCGCCGGGGAUCCUGGAGUCGCGCUCCGGCAGCUGCUCAACACCGACUGAGCUGCAGGGUUACAGCAGGAGAGAGAGCCGUGAGGGCAAACUGCUACCAUACUUGCUCCUGAACUCUCAAGGUCCAGAUGCUAAAUCGCGCAUGUACCCUGUGGUCUAUGGAGAGAGCAUUGAGGUCAACCCCAAACCAGAAAAAGAAAUCAAGUUUAACUCUGCAGUGAGGUAUGAUUCGGACAGACGCUUUCGUGACCAGGUGUACUGCGCCCAAGUCCCAACAGUCACGUCGUUCAGCGAGUCAGUGGUGGCGGUACAGAACUGCACAUGGCGCAGCUACAAGUCAGAGGUUCACUUUGAGCCACGACUCAGGCCGCUACACUACCAAAGCACAACCUUUGUGUUCCCCAAGCACACUAGGAGUACGUACCGCACCACGCUUAACUACAACGGCAACAGAAACGGAGCUGGGCAGCGACGGUUCGUGUCCACGGUCAGACUGGAAUCCACAGAGGAUGCCAGUCCUUGUAUCAUUUACACAGAAGACCUCUGAGACUUCCCGAGAGGCGUGUUAUUGUUCCCAAAACUCAAAAACUCCCUUGGUUAGAGAGCUACAAUGAAAGUGCUUGGACUUCUGUUACCAAAACCCUAAAAAAACGGAUGGCGAGAGACUUCAAAGGAAAAGAUGAAAGUCAGUGAGGGACACUUUGUUCAUUCGCUGCAGGUUAGGUCGGUACUUGAGCUGAAGCUGUCUGUGUGCAGUCUUUGGAGUAUAUUUGUGUGUUACGUGUGGUGUAUUUAUGUUCAUGUGAGGUUAUUUUUUAUAUCCAGUCAUACCUGUCAAUAGGAGUGACGAGCGUAAGGGUGAAAUUUCUUUCUUAUUCGCGGGCCUGCACAUUUAGAAACUUCUACACAUCCCUCAUGUUUUGCGUUUUUAAAUUAAAAUCAUGUUUGUAUGUGUGAGGUACUGACAAUUUGCUUGGUUUCAUUUGCAACAUUAUAAUACCUUUUUUAGUAUUUCUAAUUCAAACGAAUGAUUCGUUUGAUUUCGACAAUUAUAGGCAGUAAAGACAUUUACAAUACUGACAUAAUUUAAAUGUAACUAUAAAGACAAACACACUGUAAGUGAAUCCUACACUCUCAGAAAAAGGUACAAAAGUUGUCACUGGGAUGGUACCUAUUUUGGUACAUACAUGUACCUUUGAGGUACCAGUAUCUACCACUAAUGGCGCUUUUCCAUUGCAUAGUACCCCACGGGUCAGGUCGUGUCAGCUUACUUCACUUUAACUUGGUUAGCUUUUCCAUCGAGUUUAGUAAGACUUCGGAGUGGGAGGGAUUAUAGGCAUGUCGUUAUAUUUGCGCUGCCUACUGCUGUGACAUCAUACAAGUGAGAGCGUCGUUGGCAUGCUAUACGUUCCCAUACAUUAAUUUGUCAGUCCGCCACAAAAUCAAAAUUGACCACCACAAAUAAAUGUUUGCACAUCGCGAACAUCACUACCUCUUUCUCACAUGACAGUUUUUGUACAAACACGCGUGCCGUCAGUCGACGUGCUCCGCUGAGCCUCAUUUAGGUUGCAAAAUGUCGUGCAUUUUCGGGUCGCGAAUGUGCCGCCACAAACCGCAAGUUUGGAAAACACGGGUAUGGUGUUCCUGAUACUCAACCUGUGGAUGUUUUUCACCGCUAAAAGGGAGUUUGGGAACUUAAAACAAAGCACAGAUGACAACAGGUUUGCUCGAGACAGCGCAAGCUAGCAUGAAGGUAAAGCUAAUCUUGCGUUUAGCAUUGCACUCGUCACGAUUCUCUCAGACCAAUCAGUGAUCUACAGUGUUUUCACGUCACGUUUUAGUAUCAGCUCAGCUCGCUUGGAACUCCAACCAGGGUGAUACUAAAAAAAGUAUUGGGUACUUGUCAUGGGAUUCUCCAUACAACUACUAAUACCCUUGGUGAGUCUUAAUGAUUGCACAGAAGCCAGUCAAAAUAUGUAACAAAAUAAUGUUUAUUGAGCAGUUCUAUCUGCAGAAGCAAAACUGGCAGCUACAGAGAGAAGGCUAGGGCUGUCACAAUGAUUAAAUAAUCGUCUCAUCGCAAUUGUUUGACCUCAUCAGAUCACCGCAAUGAUUGCAUAUCUCUCUAAAAAACACAAGGGGGAGCUGCAGCGCCUGUAUAAACAAGACAGCAUCUAAUGGCGCUCUUUGACUAAUAAUGUAACGCGAUACAUUGCAAAGCCAUUUAAUACAGUGGACAAACACCAUCUAAAGAAAUGCUGCAAAACUUUUAUAAGCAGUAUGAAUUCAAUUGCCAGGUAAUACCAAAACAGCAAUUCCAAAUUUCGGGAAGUUUUUUAGUUUUGAAAGAUAUAUGCAUUAAAUAAUUAAUUUGAAAUAUGUGUUAUAUGUAUUAAUAUUUACUUUCAGGUAAACCUUGCAAAAGAUUUAACUUAAAUAUUCAUGAACAAACAAAAAUCUAUGAGAAUUAAAGGUCAAAGCCCUAAAACAGGCAAUUAAUCGUCACAAUUUAUUAGACAAUUAACCGUCAGCCAAAUUUCAUAAUUGUGACAGCCCUAGAGAACGCUGUAUCGAAACAACUCUCAACUCUCUCUGAACCCUUCUCUCCCCAGCUGCUCAUUUAUAUACGCUUUUUCAUGCACCUAUGCUUGCACAAAUCACACAUUUCUUGCACAUAUCACACUUUAGGUACCUUUGAGGUACCAAUAUGCACCUUUUAGGUACAAAAGUGUACUUUUUGAAAUGGUACCGCCCUAGUGACAACUUUUCUACCUUCUUGUACCUUUUCUCAUUCUGAAAUCAAACCCAAAUUAGGAUUUAACCCUAAAAUGUCUGAGAACUUGCUAAAAAAAAUACAAACUGUAUGAGUUGCACUUACACUGUGUUUUUUAAUCAUAUUUUUUAUUAAUAGUCUUGGUAUAGCAAAUAGGAGCACUUGAAAGGUUGGACCAAAAGUUCUUUCAAAUUAGGAGAAAGGGAAACGCAACCUUAAAUAUUUCCACCCUUUCUGGUUGUACCUCAGAACAUGUGGAAUUAUUCUCUUGCACAAGAGUUUGAGAACUCACCCAAGACUCUGUCACGACUAUAAUUCAAUGGCCAAAAUAUAACAGUUUCAUGAAAUGCAAGAUGGCAUACAGGAAAUAAUAACAUACGGCGCAUGUUUUAAUUCGGCACAUUUUGGGGAAAUGUUUGGAAUGCCAUUUGCUGUUUUUUUGGGGGGGAGAUUUUGUCAAGCUGCCAUAAAGGUUCAUCUGGAGGAAACAAAGUUUAUUUGCCUAUCAUGUAAAGAUGGUGUCCAGUCAUCUGAACUACUUUCAGAUUGUAUGGUUGGAUAACCUUUGGUUUCGCAAGUAAUGAUUUUUCUCAUUUUUGGAGCCAGUUAGUCUCUUACAAUAUCUUGAUUACCAAAGUGAACUCUCUUGUGACCUCCAGCAAAUCCAUUUACUCUUUAAUGUGUUAUACACAAAUGCUUUUUUAUAGCAGGGAAGGGACACAUUCUGUUCUGAGAUGGUUUGCUUUGGUUGAACUUUUUCUUCUUUUUUGGGAAGCUGAUGAGGUUUAUUUUGAGGAAUGUUUUGAUUAAGCAGUUGUGGAGGUGUUUGUACUUUAUUUCUGUCUUAUGGAAUAUACAUUUUGAAUUCUUUAAAAGCUGAAAGUGUACAUUUUGAUCUCUUACCUCAUUGAAAAUUCUUUCUUGUUUUAGCUUUUUAAAUAUUUGUAAUCUUAUAUGCUGGGGAAUUCUCUGGUGACUGGAAAUUACAGCGUAGGUUAAGAAAAACUGACAGUAUGUAUUGGUACAUGAGAGGGAAUACAUGGCAGGAAAAUGAAACGAACACAGUGUAUUUGAAUCCAUAAGGAAAAGAGUGCACCUUGCACAUAAAGUAGAUUUCAUGGAAGAUGUGAAUAAAUGAUAUGUGGUUUGGUUUGGUUGAGCAAUGUCUGGUUUCAUGAAAAAUCACAAGACAUCAGAUAAAAUACUUUCUGUGUUAAGAUGGAUUACUUGUGAAUGAUGGCCAAUUGAUAAGUGAAUAGAGGAAUUUUAGCAAUGUGUUGAAAGCCUUGCAAUGUUAUUAAUAUGGAGGAGAGAGCUUGUUUUUUUACGUUUUGAAUUUAUUUUGUGAUUAUAUUUGUUUGGUGUAAAAUGCUCUCUGCAAACUGAUUUUUUUUCUUUAACAUGAUGAUUUGUGUUUAUGUAAAAUACUUUCUGGUUGUAUAUGUGGCAUACAGCACUAGUAAUUCUCUAUAUUUUUGUAUAAUUCCCAAUUUAAUGCUCUUCUUUUGAACAACGGAUGAGAAAAUAAUUUAAGAAAAAUAUGUAUAUCCAAACUAAUAAAAUAAAAGUCCCAAACCCUAAAAUGGCUCUCUAUAUGCUUUUGGUA